AUGCCCCCCUGUACCACCAGGAUGAUGGGAGGCAGCUGCAGUUGUCUACCGUUCAGCCAUUCAAUCCGGCUGCGUUGCGGUCUGACCUGGAAUGUUGGCCUCACAACCAGAAGGUCCCCCAGGUUCCCGUGUCCAGACUGCGGCCAGAAGUUCUUCUCCAAAAUUCAGUUUAAGUUUCAUUCCCGGAGCCACACCCAGUACCGGCCGCACUCCUGUGAGGUUUGCCAUAAAACCUUCUCCCGGAAAGGCAGUCUAGACGAGCACCGACCAAUCCACGAGUCUGAAGUAUCACCGGCUGAGCCACACCGGCGAGCGCCCGCUGUCCUGCCCAGAGUGUCCCAUGACCUUUGCCGGCCGCACACCCUUAUGAUCCACCGGCGACAACACAGCAGGAAAACGCUGUUCUCUUGCCAGGACUGUGGGAAGCAGUUCAACGAGGGGUACCAACUGAAAGACCACGUUACAAUGAAACACACAGGGGAGAAACCAUACAAAUGCUCCGAGUGUGACAAGUGCUUCAUCACUUCGGCGUCUCGUAAAGUACACAUGGUUGUCCACACAGGAGAGAAGCCGUACAAAUGCACAGAGUGCUGUAGGAGAUACAGUCAGAGUGGGCAUCUAGCGCAGCACAUGAGAAGACACACAGGGGAGAAACCAUACAAAUGCUCCGAGUGUGACAAGUGCUUCAUCACUUCGGCGUCUCGUAAAGUGCACAUGGUUGUCCACACAGGAGAAGAAGCCGUACAAAUGCACAGAGUGCUGUAG